CGAAUCCCCUCCAUAAAUCAUUAGGAUACUGACGAAUGCUUUGAGUUCAUGCACGGAUAACAGUACGAUGUCAUAUCCAUUAUAUGCGCCUAAACACCGUGGCAAAAUUACAGGCCCGAACCCGUUUUGUUUCGGCGAACCUAGCUAGCUAGCUAGCCUGCUAACAUGAACAAACCAGCCUGCUAUUCUUGCUGUGAGCUUGCCAGUUUGGUGCCAGGAAAGGCCGUGUUUUGGCUAGCAAGCUAACUGUUAGAAGUUUUGUCCCUGAGUCAUGGCGGACAGGAGAGCGGAGAAGUCAUGUGAAGAAGCCAGCAGAUCGUUAACCAGGCGGGAGUUCGAGGCGGCAGUCAGCCACAGCACGGACGCCCUGGUGGUCCUCGCACCCCAAGCCCAGUCCUCCGGUGCCCCUGUCUCGCCGAGCCCUCCAUCCCUUGUCGUCGUCGCCUCCGGACCCCUCCGCAGCCGUGCCCUGCUUUACCGCAUUGCUGCCUUCCUUCAGCUGAAAAACUAUGAUGAAGCAGAUGAAGACUGCAAACAUGUCCUGGCAGAAGAGAUUGCCAGGGGAGACGGUUCGCUACAGGCCAGCUUGCGCUCCAUGCUGUUGGAUGGCAGCCUGCAGGAGGUGGCCAGCAUCCUCUCUAAAGCCUUGUAUGGAGAGCCAAUGAACGGCAUUGUCGCAAAAGACCUGUCCAGAUUAAAAAUGCUCUUUUCAGAAAUAGAGGCAAUAAAUAGGGAGAUGGCACCAGAAUACACAGAUGACCAGGAGGAAGAGGUCCAAGAUGGCUGGCAGUUCCGGCCUCCUCCCCGAGGAGUCACCAGCAGCGAGGAGUACACCCUCUGUAAAAGGUACUUGGAGCAGGGUCUGUGUCGGUACGGGGCCCAGUGUACGUCAGCCCACUCGCAGGAGGAGCUGAUGGAGUGGCAGAAGCGCUACGCGUCACGCCUCAUCCGCCUCAAACAGCAGCAGGAGAGCAAACACUUCACCGAAAACUACAUGGAAACCCUGAUAGAGAAGUGGAUGAACUCCCUCUGCCCAGAGAAAGUGCUAAGUGACUGUUUAGAAGGAGUGAAUGUAGAAACCAGUUCCAGCCUCUCUGUUACUGUCACCACCAAAAAGUCCUCCCACUCCUGGACCUUCUCCUUGUUGUGCAAGCCGGCUAGAAAGCUCUACCGCAUCGCCCUGCUCUAUGAUGCCCACCGACCACACUUCUUCAUCACGGGCGUGUCUGCUGGCGAGCGGCUCCAAGCCCUCCCCAAAGGCUGCCAGGAGUGGACUCCAGGAGAGGAGACAGCAGUGGCAGCAGACAACGGCAUGGACCACUGUGUCUACAAGGUGGCGGUGGGCUUCAGCACAGAAAUCUUUGGUACCUUCAGACAGACCGUUGUUUUCGACUUCGGCUCAGAACCUGUGCUGAUGCAGCGGAUCAUGGUGGAUGCUGCUUCUAUCGAAGACCUAGAACACCUGAUGGCGGCCAGGCAGCAGCUCUUGAUGACUGCGAAACGCUGGGACUCUUCUUGUAAAACCAUCGUAGAGUUCAGUCCCAACGAGACGAUGGCCGAACUGGAGCGCAGCCUCCUUUCACGCUAUCAGAUCCCUCUGUCGGCCGACCAGCUCUUCACCCAGUCAGUCCUGGACAAGACUCUGACCAAAGACAACUACCAGGCCCGACUGCACGACCUGCUCUACAUAGAGGAGAUUGCACAAUAUAAGGAAGUUAGCAAGUUUAACAUCAAAGUGAACCUCCAGCUGGUCACCAGCUUUAUGUUGACUGGCAUCUCUGUUGGAGCCAAGUAUGCCCAGAAUGGACAGCUCUUUGCACGUUUCAAACUCACAGAAACACUGUCUGAGGACACACUGGCUGGGCGACUGGUGAUGACUAAGGUGAAUUCAGUCCUUGUGCUGCCUUUUGGCCGUGAGGGGUUCAGCAGCCAGCCACCACCUGGGGUCAAAGAGCGCGUUUAUGAGGCCGUGAUUGAGGAGAAGACCAAGGAUUACAUCUUCCUAAGGAUCUGCAAGGACUGCUGUGAGGAGCUUGGACUACUGCCUGACAGAGAAAUACAGGUGGAGCUCCAGUUCCAGUUGAACAGACUACCACUGUGUGAGAUGCACUACGCCCUGGAUCGCAUCAAAGAUAACACCAUCCUUUUUCCUGACGUGAGCCUCGUCCCCACCAUCCCCUGGAGCCCGAACAGGCAGUGGGACGAGCAGCUGGAUCCCCGUCUGAACGCCAAGCAGAAAGAGGCCAUCCUGGCCAUCACCACCCCAGUCACCAUCCCUCUGCCCCCGAUCCUCAUCAUCGGACCCUAUGGCACCGGCAAGACAUUCACCCUGGCACAGGCUGUCAAGCACAUCCUUCGCCAGGACCACAGCAGGGUCCUGAUCUGCACCCACUCCAACAGUGCAGCUGACCUUUACAUUAAGGACUACCUUCAUCCUUAUGUUGAAGCAGGCAAUCCGCAUGCCAGACCUCUCAGGGUGUACUUCAGGAACCGCUGGGUGAAGACGGUCCACCCAGUGGUCCAGCAGUACUGUCUCAUCUCCAACACACACAUCACUUUCCAGAUGCCCACAAGGGAGGACAUCCUCAGGCACCGCGUGGUGGUGGUCACCCUCAGCACCUCCCAAUACCUCUGCCAGCUUGACUUGGAGCCUGGGCUGUUCACUCAUAUCCUCUUGGAUGAAGCAGCCCAGGCCAUGGAGUGUGAAACCAUCAUGCCUUUCGCUCUAGCUAGCAAGACCACCCGCAUUGUGUUGGCUGGAGACCAUAUGCAGCUCAGUCCGUUUGUGUACAGCGAGUUUGCGCGGGAGCGUAAUCUGCACGUGUCACUGCUGGACCGACUGUAUGAGCACUACCCCCCUGAAUACCCCUGUCGCAUCCUCCUGUGCGAGAACUACCGCUCCCACGAAGCUAUCAUCAACUACACGUCAGAGUUAUUUUAUGAUGGGAAGCUCAUGGCGAGUGGGAAGCAGCCGUCUCAUAAGGACUUCUACCCUCUGACCUUCUUCACAGCCAGAGGAGAAGAUGUCCAGGAGAAGAACAGCACUGCCUACUACAACAACGCUGAGGUGUUUGAGAUCGUGGAGCGGGUGGAGGAAUUGCGCAAGAAGUGGCCCGUGGCCUGGGGGAAGCUGGACGAGGGCAGCAUCGGAGUGGUGUCGCCGUACGCUGACCAGGUGUUUCGCAUCCGCGCUGAGCUGCGAAAGAAGAGAAUGCAUGAAGUCAGCGUGGAAAGAGUGCUCAAUGUCCAAGGUAAACAGUUCCGGGUGCUGUUCCUCAGCACGGUGCGGACGCGGCACACCUGCAAGCACAAGCAGACGGCCAUCAAGCGUAAAGAGCAGCUAGUUGAGGACUCGACGGAGGACCUGGAUUAUGGAUUUCUGUCCAAUUACAAGCUGCUCAACACGGCCAUCACCAGAGCCCAGUCCCUGGUCGCGGUUGUGGGAGACCCCAUAGCACUGUGCUCUGUCGGACGCUGCAGGAAGUUCUGGGAGCACUUUAUCUCCAUCUGCCACGAAAACUCAAGUCUUCACGGCAUCACCUUCGAGCAGAUCAAGGCUCAGCUAGAGGCUCUGGAGCUCAAGAAGACCUACGUCCUCAACCCUCUGGCCCCAGAGUUCAUCCCCCGCGCCCUCAGGCCCAUGCAAGGCCACCACUCUUCAUCGCAGGCCCUCCAUCCCCACCAUCAUCCACAUCCUCAGCACGCACAGCCCACCUCCAACAAGCAGGGUCCACAACAGCAGCAGCAGCAGCAACAGCAGCAGCAGUCACCUCCUAAGGGGAAACAUGCAAACCACACAGAGCAUCUUCCACCUGAAGGAUAUGUCCAACCCAGCCCAGCUGUUCUGAUGGGAAACCCAAUUCGGGCAUUCACACCACCCUUGGGUGGCACACCAGCUGGCAUGGGCAAAUCACCCAGCCCUGUUCAGAGAAUAGAUCCUCAUACAGGCGCCAGCAUCCUCUAUGUUCCAGCUGUAUAUGGUGGAAACAUGGUCAUGUCCAUGCCCCUGCCUUUGCCUUGGCCGGGUUACCAGAAUCGCUUUGCUGUGGACCCUCGCAUCAUGAGCCAUCAGGCAGCCAUGGCCUACAACUUUAAUCUGUUGCAGGCCCAGAAUCGAGGCUCUCCCAUCCCUUACAGUGGGGUGACCCACCCCUCUCCUCUAGGAAUGGGCCAGCCCAGCCCUGACAAGGAGCUACAGGCAGACCCCAUCAGAAAUGGUAAGUUAGAAGGAUGUCCAAAGUCAGAGCAGAACCGUCUUCAGACACCAGAGAGGAAAACCACAGACAUGAAGGAGAAACAGGGAGAUUUAGACACAGGCCAAAGUCGAAGUCUAGACUCGCAGACAGACGGGCUGGUUGGAUUUCCCAACGCACUGCUCCAUCGAAAAGACCCCUCAGCUGCCCAAAGACCCCUCAACUACCACCUGGCACCACCCAACCCAGCUUUUCCUCCACAUCCUGCCAGUGGGAGAGCCUUCCCCCCACAGUAUCCAGUCUCCAGGCUUCCUUAUCGGGUCAACCAGCCUCAACACCCAGGGAUGGCCCAACAGAGUCAACAGCAACAGCUCAGCCCUGCCUACACUGGUGGUAGCCACAACGCUUCCUUCUUCAGUGGCCCCAUAGCCCCUCAUAGGGCUGUCCAGUCUCCCACUCUGGAUGGGCCGGAGUCUGGAGGGGUGGAGGAGAUGAGUAGGACUCCAAUGGGCCACCCGGGGGGCCACCACCCAGGUCUAUCACAGCACAACAGGGUCAACAGCUUUGGCGAGGAUGGACAGGAUGGAAGCCUGGGUGAUAGUUUGGACCUCCAGGGUCCCUUGGCUCUAGAGGCCCUGAACCAGCAGCAGCAGCAACAGCAGCAGCAGCAGCAGGCAGCCAGGCUCGGCCAGUGGGGAGAGGCAGCAGGUCCGUUCCUUCCAGGCAGCGUUGCCUUCCCUCUGCCCCAACAGAUCGCCCAUCUCGCUCAGCCCGGCAUGGCUCGUUUCCCCCAUCAGCUGCUCCGGGCAGCUAGUUGGGGCCUUAGUGCCAAUAUGGAGGAUGAAGCUGUUCCUUCUGUUCCCACUGGGCCACCUUUCACCAGGUACCCGGGCCUCUUGAGAGAGAUGCCCCCACAGGAGCAGCCUGAACCCAGAGAAGCAGCUGAGAUGCAACCCCCACCUCAAUCUCGUCUCCUCCAGUACCGCCAGUCCCAGUCCCGUACCUCAGGUGACCCUUCAUCCUCAAAUCAUGCCGGCCCUUUUCCAUCAGGACCUUACUCCCAUGAAACCGGUCGUGAUAUCCUUAACGACAACCUUCUCAACAACCCAGCUCUGCAGCAGCAGCAUCACCCGGGGAACCCCCUAUACAACACUGGUAGCUACCCACAUCAGCCACCAGCCCACCCUGCCAGCCCCCCUCCCUCCCAGGUCAAAUACCUUCUGCAAGAGGCCCAGUGGUCCCACGGUGGAGCUGCAUCAGUGAGCCCACCGCAGCAGAACCACCUGUUAGGAAACCAGGGCCACGGCCUUCCUUACGGACUGCCCAUGAUGGCUCACCCCAGCAGGCAGGAGCAAGUCCACUUGAUGCAACUUCACCAUCAGCACCAGCAGCAACAACAACAACAACAACAACAACAACAGCAGCAGCAGCAGCAACAACAACAGCAGCAGCAGCAGCAACAGCAUCAACAUCAACAAAAUCAAGGUCCAGACCAGGAGACCUACCACUCACUGUCCCCCAGAACAUCAGCAGCCACAGCCCUUCACAGUGUAGAUGAGUAUGAACCCAGAGGUCCAGGUCGGCCUCUCUAUCAGCGCCGCAUCUCUUCUAGCUACCCAGAUGAAUCGUCUCCAGCCAACACCCACAAUGCCCUGUCCCAUCAGCCCCAACCCUGUACAUCAGACCCCCAGGACCACCCCCAUCCGCACAUACAACAUCAUCAGCACCCACACGCCCCCUAUAGUUACCCCCCACAUGACCUCUGGCCCAGUAACGGCGGGGGUCCCGGUCCGUUCCAGAACAUUCCAUGUAACGGAGCCGGUUCACUCGCGCAGCACCGGGACCUUCUAGCUUCUAAGGCCCUUCGUCAAACGGAGGAGCAGGUGAAGGCUGAGGCCACGGCAGCACAGCAGACGCACCCGCACUCCCUCAACUCCCUUCAGCACCUUGGACAGUUUCCUCCUCUCAUGCCCAAUAACAAGCAGCAGCAGCAGCAGCAGCAGCAGCAACAGCAGCAGCAGCAGCAGCCGCCGCCUCCCCCGCCACCGCAGGCUCCCACGGAGCCCAACCAGGGUGCUCCGAAUUUAAGCAAACCACCCACCAUGUCCUACGCCAGCGCCCUCCGUGCUCCACCCAAACCCCGAGCUGUUCGCCCCGAGCAGGUCAAAAAGAACAGCGACCCGCUCUCCCUCCUACAGGAGCUGAGUAUAGGAAGUUCAAUUGGUAGCAAUGGGUACUAUUCCUAUUUCAAAUGAGUGUCACCUCUCCCACAUAAUGAAUAAGUGAUAAAAAUAUAAAACUUUAAAAAAAAAAAAAAAAAAAAAAAAAAAAAGUAAAACUGUUUCUAAAAAAAAAACAACAAAAAAAAUAGUGCAAAGUGCAUUUACAAAUUGUUUCUAUCAGUAGGUUUGUUUUCUGCAUUUUGUUUCAUUUUAACUUUUUAUUUGUAACAGUCAUCUUUUCUCCUGUUUCACAUAUCUGUGAAGAAAAUAAGUAUAUAUAAUGAAUGCAUUACUGGUAUAUAUACAUACUCAUUAUGUAUAUAUGAAUAUAUACUUAUAUUAUCUACACUUGUAUAUGUACGUAAUGCUAAAAAAAAAAAAAGUUAUAAAAAAAAAAAAUAAAAAAAGGCGAGAUUUGGUUGACCACUUAGCUACCUGCAUAUUUUUACCUUAUUGAAGUUGGUUUUUUGUUGGUUACUAAAUACGUAUGUUGAAGUUGUUUUUUUUGUUUUUUUUUCUCCCCAUUUUGUAUUCCUCUGUUUUGAGUGGACGUUAUGUCUUGAUUUUCAUACUACUGUAGUUGUGGUAACAGACAAAAGCUAAGUGGUCAACUGACACAGAAACUACAUGGAACAGUGUAUAGAAGUAGAUAAAUUUUCCUCUAAUCUGUACAUAUAAAGAAAAUAAAUGACUGAAUUGUAUGCCACAGACAUGUCCUUAAAUUCCUGUAUCAUGCUAGCAUUUGCAUUAUGAUUGCUUUUCCCUUCGUUGGCUUCUGAUCAUUAAUUCUUAGACAUUCUUACCUGGGAAUCGCCUUCAGUGAUUUUUAGUAGUAAAUGUGAUUUUAUUUACUGAAAAAUAACAAUACAAAUAUUGAUUGCAUAUGUUUUACUUUUCACCACAAUGUCUCAUCAGCAACAAUAGAUACAGUGUGAAAAAUGUCAAAAUAGCAACGACCAUGUCAAUUCAUCCUUUUGUUUGCUUUAAGGAUCAGAGAAAACCAGACAUUGCUUUCUGUGAUAAGAUUAUCCCGAACUGCUUCGCUUGUGGCCGAUGCUCAUUUUUAUUUCUUAUUUGUUUGUUUUUUCCUUCUUUGAGAAAGUCAUUGCAUUGUGACCGUUACUUUUUCAACUCGUGUCGAAUGGGUUGUCAACAAAAUCUUCACCGGGGAGAUUGUUUCAAUAACUUCUGGGGAUAUUACACGUGUUGUUUGUCGCUAACGGACAUGGAGUUUGUUUUUUUUGUUUGUUUUUUUUUUGUUUUUGUUUUUUUUGAAAAGGUUGCAGUACUCUGAGGGUUUGUGAAAGUGAUGAGAGAGAGAGAGAGUGGUGUGGCAUGAUAGGUAAGUUGAAACUGAGGGUGUGAUCAACACUGCCAGUCAAACAUUUUUGAACACAUGUUAGUAUUUUUGGUUAAAUCUGAAGUAUAAAUAUGAAACUGUAGAUUCAGAGAAAAUCCCCUGAAAUUUGAAAACGCAAGUAAAAAGGUGUGAAAUGCUUUUUGUUUUAUCGGAAAUGACCCGGAUCUUGGUUGCCGUAGCAAACAGUCGACUUUUUUAUCCUUUUAACACACAGUUGGUCUCACAGAUGUUCGACAGUCAGAGAUUUGACCAGUUUCUAAAAGUCUUUUGGUAGCGUAAAACCAGAUUGCCCCAAAGAUCCUUUUGCCAUUUUUCUCUGCAAGACAAUCUCUCCAUGUAAUAUGAAUCUAAUAACUUUAAUAACUCUAAUAACCACUUAUCUCUUUACUGAGCUGAUGUUUGCUAUCAGUCCCACCAAAAAAACAUCGAUCAUUUCCCAUAAAACAAAGCAUUUCCCCCAAUUCUUCAUCAUAUUUUUUCCAAGUCCAGGGCAUUUAAAGCAAAUAGUUCCCCAUUCCCCUUUAACACACUGCUUGAUAUUUAAAAAAAAAACAAAAAAAACCUAUAAAAAGCAACUAUUCAAUAAGCUGUUCAAAGAUGUAAGACUGAUAGUGUGUCAGUUUUUAGACUGUGCAUCAUAAGAAUGAAUUGGUAACGUCAUGGAAGUUGUUCCUGGUCAUUCAGAGAAUUCAAUUAUCCACUUUUUCACUCGGAUAGGUAUAUUAAUAUUACAGCAGUAGAUGGAUCUCAUUCUUUUUGAUUUAAUUGGAAAAAAAAAAAAAGCUCUGACCAUGCCUUUCAUCUACUUUAGCCACAUUUUUCCCCUCUUAUGUCCUUUAAAAAAAAAAAAACAUCUUAUAGUGUAACACAGGAACCUUCAUGAUUGCGUUCCAGUCAGUGAGUUUCUUGUUAUUAAUUGAUUGAGGCCACACAAUUACACGCACAUGAAUUUUACCGCUCAAAUACCGAAGCCCCAUGUAGGUAAAAUAUUUUUAAAAAAAGAUGCUGAUAAACUAUAUCUGCCAAUGUUUUUUUUUCCUUUUUAUGAUAAAAAGCAAUACUGGAAACAGUCAUCCAGUGCUCGGUCCUGUUAUAUGUAGUUCAUGAAUUGUUAAAACUCCACUGCCCCGCCUGCAAAUUGGUAAAAUUAUUAAGAAAAAAAAAAAAAAAAAUCAUCCCGCUGUGUCAUAACUUUCAUAUAUGACAGUUGGUGACUUCCUUUAGAUGUAUUCUGGACAGUCAGCGGAGAGCCUCAUGCAGCAGCUACGGUUUUAUUUCGAGUUUUUUCAACAUUGUAAUUCAGAGGUCCAGAUUUUUUGACUUAGCGGAGAACAACACAUACUUGUAAAUAUGCAUUUUCUAGGUAUUUACAAACAAGAACUUUGGGAGCGCCUCAAUUUUGUAGAAGCUGUUCAAAGAAGAGGUAUGCCCUUUUUAAUUAUGCAAAUUCACAAAAAAAAUAAUAAAUAAAUAAAUAAUAAUAAUUCUAGAAAUGGACAACAACAACAACAACCCAGUUGGUAGUUGCAGCCUCUCGUAACUUUUUAGAUAUUUUUUUUUUAAGAUGGUGUCCGGCUGAUUUGACAAAGAGGAGAAUUUAUGUUGCAGCUGUAACUUUACUUCACUGUACAAUACAUAUUUUUAAGUAUAUGUUGCUGGAUUUGUCCUGGUUCUGUUUUCUCAUCACUUCACAGCUAUACAACAAUCAACAUGGAUUUUUUUUUUUUUUUUUUUUUUUUUUUUUCAAAUGUGAAGACUCUUUUUUCUUUUAAUGCAUGUUGAGAUGACCAGCUGGUUUUUAAUCCCUGUUUUUAUCAGUUUGUAUUGAUUUGUGGAUGAAAAAAAAAAAAAAAAAAAGAAGCUUUUGUUCAACCUACAGAGUCAAAUUUUGGUAUAUUAUUUGAUGUGUACGAUAACUUGUGACAUUAUCAACAAAACUAUUAUAAUAUUUUACUAACAUGUCAAUCAAAUAUGUAAUGGUCAUGUAAGUUCUUUUUAUUUUUGUUUCCGCGGUUAUUUAGCAGGGCGAAAGCUGAGGUUGCUCCCUGGUGUGCGUCGUAUUUACAGAAGCUUCGUACGUGUUCAUUUCGGGGGAAACAACAACAACAAAAAAAAAAAAAAAAGUCGUUGGCUAAUCUCUGAAGUUGUGCAAUACUAAUAUUUCACCGCUUCUUCAGCUACACUUUUAUUUAUUUUUUUAAAGCAGAAGAGAUUGAGCCAAAGACAUUUUAAAGGGAUUUUUAUUUUACAACUUUU